UUGAUUGAUUGAUUGAUUUUUAAAAUGGAGUUUAUGUUGAUUGUGACGAUUGGAUUGUCGAUGAUUUGUCAAUGUUUUUCUAUGGAUGGUUUUCAACUGAAUCAAAAGAGACCAACAACAAUCACCAAGAGUCUUACUAUUGUUAAUGGCGAUGUCGUUCCAGCCGACAGCUCUGAUUAUUAUUACAUGGUUACAUUAGCUCGUCUAAACGAAGACGGCAGUUUAACUGUUUUUUGUGGUGGUGCAAUUCUGAGACCGGACGUCGUUAUAACGGCUUAUCAUUGUUUCAAAGGGGAGGUUCUAAGUAAGGUUUUCAUUCGUCCUAAUUACGACAAUACUAUUAACGAUAUACCGUUAGAGCUUUAUUAUGGAAUCUCGAAUAUUAGCACUCAUGAAGAAGCAAAUGUUCAUGAUAUUUGUCUUGUACUUUUGGAUACACCGAUAGAGUUUAGUGAUCGUAUUAAAUCAAUUUCCUUGCCUUCAGAAGAAGUCGGGGAUGGAACCAGUGUAUAUGUUAUGGGUUUUGGUAGAAUGUGGACUGAUGGACCAAUUUCGAUACAACUUCGAACUGCUCGUCUCACCAAACAGCCUGACUUUCUCUGCUCUCAGUUUUGGCCCAAGUCUUUCCACGAUGAUCGUCAUUUUUGCACUGCUGGUCCGAUGGGUGAAGAUUCGUGUAAGGGAGAUUCUGGUGGACCUUUAGUUCAAAUGGAAGGUAGUAAAGUCGUUAUUGUGGGAAUUGUCUCAUUCGGAGCUGAUUGUGGAUCAGAUUAUGGCGUUAAUAUGAAGGUUUUCGCUUAUGUUGAUUGGAUUCGAACUCUUUUGGAGUCGAAAUCUCGAUUGUGCUAAGAAUCAACUUGUAAAAUAUUCUUAAUCAUUUGCAUGUAACUCAAUUCUGAUUAUGUUAAUGAUACUAAUUCACAAUCAAUCAAAUUAAUCAUUAAACUUUUAACCAUGUUGUUAACUCCAUCUCAAAGAUCACAGCUUAUGUUUCCACAUCAACACCAUUCUGAUUGUAAUAUUUCAAAGCUAAUUGUUGAUAAAAUUUUGAUUAGUCGA